AUGAUCCCGCUCCAUCAACCCUCUCAGGAGAGCGUCAUUCUUGUACAUCUCCAGCGCCUUUUCUUUCCAAGCAUCCCAUUCCAAUUCCCCAUCAACAUCAAUGGCUUUCCGGAGGGCCUGAAAGAGGCCAAGGAACCCCUUCCAAUCAGCAAGGUCAUACCCGCAGCAGAAUUCAAACCGGUGGAGGAUCCGCCCGUUCCUCACAGCUUCGGCAAGAUCAAGAUGACCUUUAUCCUCAAAUGCUUGCGCAAAUGCCAGUUCGUCCUCCCCGGGGUGGUUGAUCCCACCAUAGAAAUCAUCGACAACCCCUGUGAUAUUGUAAUCAUCGUCAAUGAGGAUAUGAUCACCUUUGUCGUCUGCAUGCUUCAAAUAGAACUGGUUGGGUUCGGCUUUAGCAGGUACAAUUUUGGAAACGCUGUCCAACAGGAAGCGGUGGAUCAGGAAUGCAUCGAUCGCUCGAUCAGCGUAUGCCUCUCCCCUGAUGAUGAGAUCUAA